UCAACUCACGAAAAUCAAGCUUAUAUAUUCAUGAAGAAUGAGUAUAUCUUGGGAGACUAUGCUGAUGACAGAAUAUUGCGCGGACCUGAUCGCAUACGCAACGUAUUUUCAUCACUUAAGGAUACUGUAUUUGGAGAUAAGGGAAUGGAUUGUGCAUUUGCAUCUCAAGACGAAGGAGAUGCGUACAUAUUCUCCGGUAACAUUUGCGCAAAAUGGUUCUAUGCUCCAGACUCUCCCAACGACAAGUUCUUGCAAGGGCCAAAGCUAAUUGUAGAAAUGUUUCCAUUCUUGAGCGAGACCGUGUUUGUAAAUGGGGUAGAUGCUGCGUUUGAGUCAUCACGUCCAUUCGAAGCUUACAUUUUCAAGGGAGGUGAAUAUGCUUGUAUCAAUUACAGUGAUAAUAGCCACCUCAUUAGUAUCGGUCCCAUACGUCAAAACUGGCCUUGUUUAAUAAACACCAUCUUUGAGCAGGGAUUUGAUGGGGCCUUUGCUUCACACAUUCCAAAUCAGGCAUACUUAUUCAAAGGAGAUUCAUAUGGAUGCAUCCAAUUUACUCCAGGAAACACAAAUGAUGCUCUGCUACUGUUUUCGGGGCUAAUCAAAGACAACUGGAAGAGUUUAGGUAGCAUCUUGCCUCGCAAGAAUUGAAUAAUUGUCAAGUGCAAAAUAGUUACCAAUUACCAUGCAAUGAAGAACAGAUACCUGAUCUGCGUUGUAUGGUUUGCACUUCCUAUGUUUAUCUUGUAUGGAAUAAAACAAGAGGGUGUAUUAUAGAGUUUGCAGCCAUUGAGUUGGUCACUGUCCUCUUCUUCUAUCACACUUUUCCUUUGUGUCUUUGUAUGUUUUUUAAAGCAAUCUGUUUGUAACAGUAUAUGUAUAAUAAUGAAUGUUUGUUAUUAU